UAAAUCACUCCGCCUUUCUCCGCCACGGCUACGCUAACCCCGCCCCUCUGCCUCCGCCGCACACGGCUGUACUUGCGAAAUUCUCAUUUCGACCGCGGUGCUCCGCUAUUCGAUCAGCUGCUGAAAUGUCCUGGCACACUCCUGCUCCUACUCUUUCAACACCUACUAUUUCCUACCAUCAAUUGAAGGAUACAAGUGCGGAUUUAUCGGAGAAAAUUGAGCUCGGAUUUGGCCCCAACGGCCUCGGAAUUCUCUCCAUAUCGAAUGUGCCUGGUUAUCAAUUACUGCGUCAAAAUCUUCUAUGCCUUGCACCUAGAUUAGCUGGCCUCCCGGAAGAUGUUAAGCUGCAACUUGAAGAUCCUAACAGUAGGUACAAUUUUGGAUGGAGUCAUGGAAAAGAAAAACUUGAGUCCGGUAAACCAGAUACUAUGAAAGGCUCCUUCUAUGCCAAUCCAAUACUUGAUGUCCCCACAAAUGACCAAUCACUUGUUAAAAGGUAUCCUUCUUACUGUGGACCAAAUAUAUGGCCUCGUGAUGUAUUGCCAGAACUUGAACUGGCCUUUAAAGCUCUUGGAAAGUUGAUACUAGAUGUUGGAUUGUUGUUGGCACACCAUUGCGAUCAAUAUAAGUCAAAUAAGUUGAAAAUGCAUGAAAAUGGAAGUCUGCAGCAAAUACUUCUUCGGUCUCAGUGCCACAAAGGCCGUCUCCUAUAUUAUUUUCCAUCCCAUCAGUGCACUUCUGUUGUAGAUGAUGGUGGUGAAUCUAUGUCAUCAUGGUGUGGAUGGCAUACAGAUCAUGGUUCCCUUACAGGCCUUACUAGUGCAAUUUUCACGAGAGAUUCUGUGGAAAUAUCUUGUCCUGACAGCACUGCUGGCCUCUAUGUAAAAACACGUUCAGGUCAAAUAGUCAAAGUGGUGUAUGGGGAAGAUGAAAUUGCCUACCAAAUAGGUGAAACGACUGAGAUACUGUCGGGAGCUCGACUUUGUGCAACACCACACUGUGUUCGGGCACCAAAAGGUGAGGUGGCAUCUGGUGUUGAACGUUCUACAUUUGCAUUAUUUAUGCAGCCUAACUGGGAUGAAAAGCUUCUUUUUCCGGAGCUGGCGAAUACACAUGAGUUUAUCAUGCCAAAUGGAUCUAUUUCUUUUGGAGAUUACACUGAAAAAGUGCUGGACAAGUAUUACGACCUCAAUACAUAAAACUGAAUGUUCCAUUCGAUAUUGUGAAAUAAAAAAGUCACAAGUUUUAAUUUAUCUUGCAUAAUUUCAAACUGUUGACGGUCCAUUUCUUUUAAAUCGAUAGUUGAACAUUUCCUAUAAAUACUGAUCUUAAAUAAUUGCUGUGCGGAUUGUUAGAAUUUAGUUUCCGAUUUCCUUUAGGAUUUUAAAGUUGGAAAACGAGUAUUUGUAAAUUUGUAUAUUUAAUUUGGCAAAUGUACAUUCUAACCAUUUCCAUCAA